AUUUCGUCGUUUUUUACGAUUUUUAGGUUUUUUACAUAAUACCCUUAUCUGUCACCAAGGAUCCUUUUCUGAACUACCGCCAUCAUGCAAUACAUACAUGCAAUUGAAAAGUAACGCUGGUGGCGGAUGAAACCACUAAAUAGUUGUUCUAUUUACCUUUUCUGACCUGUAGUUUUUUCGGCGUUUUUAUCAAAACCUCCAUAGAUACGCCACUGAACAAAAGUCGACAAGUCUUGUCACAGACUGACAAUUUCGCAUAACCUAAAAACCAAAAGUUUAAAAACGUAAAUAAUAAACUUUUAAUAAGAAGCUGUUUAUAAAUAAUUCCAUUGUUGUUUGAACGCCUGAGACUAUUUAGAUAACAUAAUUCAUCAUUACCGAAGGAACGUGAGUGGUAAACAAGGACUGUGUCCUUUCAAUACCUACUUUAGCCUUUCAAAAAAUGGAAACAAAUACAGCUGGAUGGAUAGGCCUAAUAUCAGUUUUAUUUAUCUCAAGUUUUGGAGUAUUAUGGCUUACUGCAGCCGUAAUUAGUAUUACUUUAUUUGUUAUUGGAUGUGCCAGCUUUCUGUACAUACAACAAGGUGAUAUAGGAAAAUUCUAUUCAAAAUGUGCUGGAAAUCCGUUAACAUCAAGUUUAUUGAAUGAAGGAGGUCUCAAGCAAGUAGUCAGACAACUAGAAAGCCCAAAAACAAAACAAAAAUGUGAUAGUAGGGUCACAGGGAGUGAACUGAUAGAUAGCUCACUUCAAGAGAUUUUAGGCUACAUCAUCAGAGAUUAUGUUGCUUCAUGGUAUCGGUACAUCACUAAGGAUACAGAAUUUACUGAGGCUGCUGUUAGAAAAACUGCACAGACAUUUGCAAUCAACAUUUCUAAUAGGGUCAAAGAAGUGGAUUGGAUUCCAUAUCUUACCCAGCGUCUCGUGGAUGACGCUGCAACUCAUCUCAGGCUGUACAAACAGGCUAGAACCAAAAUGAAACUCCAUGAACAAGAAAGAGAACAGAGAAUGUUAUCCCAAAGAGAACAGCGGUCUCCCAAGAAAACUGUUCACAAACGGAAUAAGAGUGAAACUGAUGUUAGCUGGAGUUCCGGUCGUCAACUGGACAUGAAAAGAGUGAAGAAACUUAAAUGGACGACAAAGACAAAACAAAUAUUAAAACCAGAAACAUUGAGUAUUUACUUCUUCAAUUUUAACAUUCGGUGGUUAUUCAGGGUGUCCCAAUAUUCCGUGGACACAGAGGUACCAGAAAUUGAAAGAUGUGUUGGUAACUCGAAAUUCUACUCGUCUGACAAAAGUAAUAUGACUCUAGAAGACUAUUUUUUCGAGCUAGAACAACAAAUGGAGAAUAAUAAACUAUGUAGAGAUGUCGUCUGUCGGAAUGUCAGUACCGAGAAGGAGUUCUUGAGCGAGCUGAUGGAAGUACUCCUAUACAUAUUGCUGCCCGACGAAGAUUUUCAGUGCAAACCCCUUCGUUUUGUGUUACGAGAGAUAUGCGCGAACUGUGUUAUUUUACCACUAUUUAAUUUGGUCUCUGAUCCUGACUAUAUUAAUCAGGCUAUUAUUUGGCUGUGUCUACGCGAAAACCAGUUGUCAAGUGAUGUGUUCCUUACUACACUGAGAUUAAGCGACAACUGUGAUGAACUUAAGAGUACCAAAGAGUUUACUCUUGAAGAAAUCAAUUCCUUGAGAUCUAGGGACUCUGGGGGCGAUAGUGAUCUAUCUGUAAAGCAGCAACUGAGUAGUUUAAAUUAUGUGGUAAAGCUAAUAGAUAGCAAAUUGUCUAAAAUGGAAAAUUUUGCCACAUCAUUGGAAAACCAGGAUCUGCAGCUCGAUAGUAUUAAAAAAAUUAGUCUUACUUUAGAUCAGAUAUUAAAAAAUAAUAUAGCACUUUCAUAUUUAAUAGAUUUUGUUUCUAGUCAGGGUAAACAGUUGGAUUUAUUUUUUUAUUUGAACAUUGAGGCAUGGAAAGUAUCUGUAGAACAGCAAUUAUCAGACAUACAGUUGAAUAAAUCAAAGGCUAGUGCUGAAAAUGUUGCUGUUGUAUAUGAUAAUAUCAGGUCGACUGCGUUCAGUAUUUUUGAACAAUAUUUGGGUGAGAAGUGUGAGAACCGAGUGCAGCUAAAAUCAACAUUAGUACAAACAUUGCAUUUCAAAAUAAGAAACUUGAACGAAGUCCCUUGUGCCUCGUGGUUUGACAAAGUGCUCGAAGUUGUAUAUGAGAGAAUGGAAACAGAAUUUUUACCGCCAUUCAGGAAGAGUAAAGCUUACUUCCGCCUGCUACAAGAGCUUGAUUUAGUACAACAAACGAAUAAUGAGGAAGACGUGCUUAGUGUGAACAGCAACGAGAGCUUGGAAAACAACGACGCUCAGCAGUCAGCAAUGACGUCUGCGCAACAUGUUGAGAAGUUUGACUUUCUUACAGUCGAUUACAACCAAAAAAGUGUUAAGCACGUGAGAUCGCUCAGCGAUGUUACAACGUUUACAGGGAAAGCAGAAGAGGUAAGACUUUUUGGAUCUAGUCAAGAAAGGAAGGUGAUAUUAGGCGAGGACGUGAAGGAACCUGAGAAAAAAUGUGAUGAAAGUAUGUAUAAAACUGGUGAUUAUUCUCUAACGGUGGCUAUUAUUGAGACUGGUAUUGUUUGCGAGAAAGGCAAAACCUUCGGCAUUUAUGCAAUAAGAGUUAACAGGCAAUAUGAGACGGGAUAUAAAGAAGAAUGGCAUAUUUAUAGGAGGUAUAGUGAUUUUCAUGACCUGUAUACUAAGGUCAAGGAAAGGUACCCUAAUUUAUCGAAGUUGCCAUUUCCCGGUAAGAAAACAUUCCACAAUAUGGACAGAGCAGUAUUAGAAAGGCGGAUGAAAAUGCUAGGAUGUUACAUGAAUGAAUUGUGCCAUAAUUCGGUAUUAUCCUCAUAUCAUGGAUUGGGAGAUCUGCUGAUGACAUUCCUGGAGCAAGGAGAAUACGACCGAGCUACUGGUGGGCCAAUAUCUAGCACAAUUGAUACUUUAGUGAAUCCAUUAAAGACGGGAAUGAAGACUAUCAGAAAUAUGCCAGAACAGUUGAUAAAUACCGUAGAUGAAGUUGUUGUAGGUCUAACCAAAGUAUUUCAUGCAAAACCUGGCAGGAUUCCAGAGGCUAGCAAAGUUGGUGCAUCUAUAGAAGAGACUGAUGACAACAUACCAUUAAGGAUAAUGUUGCUACUGAUGGACGAGGUGUUUGAUCUUAAAUCUCGGAAUCAGUGGUUACGCAGACGAAUUGUUACAUUACUUAGGCAAAUUGUGAGGACCAUGUUCGGUGAUAUAGUUAAUAGGAGGAUAUUGGAUUAUGUGUCCAUCAUCACUAGUCCUAAGAAGGUCGCGCACUACUUAUAUGUAUUUAAGCAAUCUUUUUGGCCAAACGGAGUACGGAGUGACAAAAAAGUCCAGAGGGAUAGUGAUAUCAAAAAUAGAACUAGAGUUGCCGCUAAGAUCGCAUUGUUAUCCUGUUUGUCAGAUGAACUGAAACACAUAAUAGGAUCUGAAACGACAAGACGAGGCCUGCUGACGGUGUUUGACCUAUUCCAAAGACCAGUCUUGAAUCGCAGGUUGCUGUAUGUACUGCUGGAAGGUGUUGUCAGUAAUUUGUUUCCUGACAAAGAUAUGAACAAGCUGUUCAUAAAGAUGUACCUCAGCCAAAGGAAAAAUAGUCAAAUGACUAGGUGAUAAAAAUCCUUGUUUUAAUGUUAUUUCAUAUACUAUACUUGGUAGGUAGACAUCCAUGUGGAAUUUUCAACCAGUAUAUUCUCGGAUGCUUUACAGAACAUACAACGUACCAAGGUAUAUUUUAAUUUCAGUUUGAAAGACUUCAGGAAUUUCAAAUAUAUCUUCAUUUUAUAAAAUUAUUCUUCUACUGAUCUUUUUUAUAUAAAUUUCUUGUAAUUAAAUGGGUUUGGAGUCUAAAGAAGCACAGUUAUAAAGUUUAAUUAUUUAAUUUUAACUAAUUUAAUUAAUAGAUGCUUAUUUUGGUUAAGACAUUGUAUAAAAUGAGCUAUUUAUAUAAUAUAAUAUAUAUAAUGGACAGUGUAUAUAGUGUAUAUCUAUGUAAAUUAUUGUUUAUUAUGAAAAUGUUGGAAACAUGAUUUAGUUUUUCCUAAACAUAGAUACACCUUGCAAACAGUACACAUCCAAUCGGUCCGAAUCUGUUUUUUUGAAUUGCUGCAGUAGGCGCAACGCCGUCUGGUGGAUCUUUGUGGUUGAUGAGCACUCUCGGUUGUACGUAUUUCAACAGGCACGUAUGGUUUUGACUUCUUAAUUGCAAUUGGUUCUGAGCUAAUUGAUGUCCUUUUCAGUUGAACAGUACGAUUGUCCAAAAGAUAAUUACUACUUGUCUUCUGAAAUCCUUCAUCGAUAGUUCUAGCAAAUUCAAUUCUUUAUACAAAACAAAGGAAUUUACAACCGUCAUAUCCAAUAAGUAGAAAAAUAUACGAUGCCACCACUUUUUUGAUUUGCGGUCGAUUUUGUAGACAUUAAGGUUUUGAUCGAACUUGUCAACAAAAUUCAUGUUCUUGUUAUAAUCCAUUAGAUGGAUCCAUUCUUAUCUCUCCUAUCAACCUCGGCAACAGCCGUGGGGCUGUGAAAAUUAGAUAAUAGAUGAACACUUCGUUUGUCUCGCCAUUUUAUGGCUACAAUGUUUGUGUUAGAAGUGAAGGUUUGAGAUUCGUCACGUUUGAAGGACUUAUCUGGCUUGAAUAUAGGAAGAAACUUCCUUUUCACGUUGACUGUUCCACAUGCGUGGAUAUCCUUCGCUUUCAGAUAUUCUAACAGUGGUACACUGUUGAAGAAAUUGUCAAAAUACACUAUAUGGUGUUUUGCCUCCAUACCAUCUAGUAGAUUUUUCACCACUCUAGAAGCCUUUUUCUUCAUCAUCAGAUUUUCCUGUAUAUAUUUGGAAUUUUUGACAAUAACCAUUUUUGUUAGCCAGUAUCCAAACCUUGUACCCCCUUUUAAUUGGCUUUUUGGGAAGAUAUUGUUUCAAUGAAUGCCUUCCCUUAAAUUUAAUCAUAGACUUUAUGCUCACUUCUUUGGUAUGAGCCAUGCACUUUUCACAAUUUUUCGACAGGCUAUCCAGAAGUGGUCUUAGCUUAGUAUAGUUUAUCGUAGCCUUGCGCUCCCUUUUUAGGCAUCAGAAAAUUAUCAUUCAAAUGAAGGUUUAAAAGAAACCAACUAAAAAGUUUAACUGGCAUCAUUGAGCUUAUAUAUACAUCGUUCAGAUCUGGGCAGCUACUACAAUAAUCUCUAUAGCUGGGACUUCUUUUUAUCCCCAUCAAUAAAUUUAUACCCAAGAAAACUUUCAGAUCCGAUAUAUCUAUGUUUCUAGGCUUAUUAGAUGUUUGAUGGCAAUAUAAAUUAGUUUGAAAAACUACGUCUUCUAAUACAGCGUCGGUGAAAAAAUGCUGAAAUAGUUUUCCCGGAGUAGGAGAAUCCAAAUUCUUCACUACAUUAGUUAUUCCUGUGUCAGCAAUGAAGUCUUCUGGUUUUUUUGGUACUCUGUCUUUGGUCCAAUCACGAGUGUCUUUAUUUUGUGCCAUCUUCAUUUGUAAAACUGAGAGAGGACAGUCGCAAUCUGAAUCUGAUUCGCUGUCAGACUGCAAAAUAUUGGCAAUAUGGAAUAAUGCUCAUUAUCCAAUUGCAGAUAAGGCUUAAUUGAGUUGGCUGAACUGUGGUCAGUAAUUUUAAUUAAUUUUUGUUCACCCACCCCUGCUUUAGCCAGGUUACUGACUGCUGUCGACCGCAUAGAGUGGUUUGUUAUUUUUAUUUCUUUUGUAUUUAAUCCUGCCUUCUCUGCUGCUUCUUUAGUCCAUUUCGAAAGUUCGUUUUUUCCCACUGGAGUGUUUUUGUACCAUCCACUUGAUUGCUCUUUGAUAUUGUAAUUUUUGGUGACAAUGGCUGUCAAUUUUUGCCGCGGGUAAACUCGAAAAAAUUGCUGACAGGUGCUGUCAUACAAUUUUUCCAUCUAGAAACAAUUUGUAAUUCAAAAUUGCGCAUUUGUGAUUGGUAGAUAUUAAAACGAGGGAAAUAGAAAAAACAAACUAAAGCGAACUCACCAAUUUACUUU